AUGGAGCGAACCAAGGAACCAUGGCUGGAUCCAACUGCGUGCAGUGAGCGAAGGUUGAGCUCAUUGGACUUGGAUGCAUGGCGGCAGGACAUACAGCGCCUCCACGUCACAAUCGAUGAGGUCGUGCAGACCUUCAUCUCCUCGCAAACAUGCCAGUUGGAUGCUGUCGCUACCGAAUUGGCUUCUCAGCGGGACAAGAUCAUCAUGAAGGAGAAGAACUUCUCAGAACUGAGCGACUCCAUCGCCAGCUUCGUGGAGGCGGAAGCCCAGAGGCUGCAGGGCCUCGGCUUCGAUGUGCUCUCCGCCGAGGAGGAUGCCUCCCGGGAGGCAUACGAUGCAGACCUCCCGGGGCCCCCGGCCUUGCAUCGGAUCAACCGGCUCUGGCGGAAGGCCACCAAGGCCUUCGAGUCGACGCAGCAGGCGAAGACACUGGAAACGGCUGCUGCCUUGGAGGAGCAGCGCCUGAUCCUAGAGUCCCGACGAGCGCAGGUCGAAAACGAGAAGGAGCAGCAAAUCACACUGCGUGACCAGGAGAUCUCCGCUCUCAAAGAAGAGCUCGAGGUGCUCCGUGCAGACGGAGAGCAAAAGGACGGCGCGAAGGCAGCGCUGUCGCUCGAACUCGAGGCGUUGCGCUCGGAGAUGCGGAGCUCCCAGGAUUCCUCGGCGGAGUUGGACUCCCAAGUGCGCCAGCUGGAGACUCUGCAAAAGCGCCUGGAUUACGAAUGGAGUGCUGAGCGAGAGGAAAUGAUCCGCAGCCGCGAUGCGGCGGAGGCGCAAGCCGAGUCAACGCGGAGGUCUCUCGACGAAGCGUUGGAGAGAGGUGAGGAGCUGGAGAAGAAGUGUCUUGACCGCGCAGAGAAGCUCGAGCAGAUGAGGAAGAUCAUGGACGAGCAGGAGCUGGAAAUGAGCCAGAAGAUCGAGCGCGUACAGCAGUAUGUGAAAGAGCGUCAGACCACUGCCAUCAUGGCGGAGAAGAAGCAGCAGGACGCAGAGAAGAUGGCCGAGCGAUGGCAGAAUGAGGUUCGUCGCUGCCAGGCAGAGAAGGAACGCCUGGCCGCAGCAGUCCUCGACAUGGAAGGCCGGCAAAGCGGGCAGGCCCAGCAGAUGCAAGGAGCCGUGGACCAACACCGCCGACAGGUCACCGCCCUCGAGGAUGCACUGCGAAGGAAAGAGGACCAGAUGAGAGAGCAGAAUUUGGAGCUGCUGUCGCGUCGGGACGAGGAGUACCAAGCGAAGGUGGCCCUCGAGAAGCAGCGGGAGAAGGAGCGCUCCAUAGCCCUGCUGAAGAAGAAGGAGCAGGAGGUGCAUAUCAAGGAUCAGCAGCUGCGGGCGGCGAAACAACGGAUUCAGGAUCUAGAAUCUGAGCUGCGCAGCACCGCAACAUCAGCAGGAUCUGAGAAGCAGCGACCUACCUGCAGCCGCGCGGAGAACUCCGCGCUGCCGCCCUUGCCUCUCUCUGCACGCUGA